UUCACUUUCGCCCAUGUGAGUCUUCUCUCUCUUGCUAUUGUGUAGAUUUGUUGUUAAUUUGAACUCCCCUACUCACUCUCUUUAGGUUAUUACCAUUACACUAAAUCUUUAAAACCAAACAGAUUUCAAGAAACACAAAAAAAGAAAAAGAUGCCUCUAAGCAACAACGUAAUAGGUUGCAUAAACUUCAUCGCCGUCCUCCUCUCACUUCCGGUCAUCGGCGCCGGAAUCUGGCUCGCUACCGGAACAGUGAACUCAUGCGUCAAGCUCCUUCAAUGGCCAGUUAUAAUCCUCGGAAUCUUGAUCCUUCUAGUGGGUCUCGCUGGUUUCAUAGGAGGGUUUUGGAGAAUCACUUGGCUUCUCGUUGUUUACUUAAUUGCAAUGCUUAUUCUCAUCGUACUUUUAGGUGUUCUGGUCGGAUUUAUUUACAUGGUUACCAUUAAAGGAUCUGGUCAUCCAGAACCAAGCAGAGCUUAUCUUGAGUAUAGUCUUCAAGACUUCUCUGGUUACUUGCGUCGAAGAGUUCAGAGAUCUUACAAAUGGGAUAGGAUUCGUACUUGUUUAAGUACUACUACCAUUUGUUCCGAACUAAACCAGAGAUUCACUUUGGCUCUAGAUUUCUUCAAUGCUCAUCUUAGUCCCAUUCAAUCUGGUUGCUGCAAGCCCCCAACAAAAUGUGGCUUCACGUUCGUGAACCCUACGUACUGGAUAAGUCCCAUAGAUAUGUCUGCAGACAUGGAUUGUCUACAGUGGAGCAAUGACCAAAACACUUUGUGUUACAGUUGUGAUUCUUGCAAAGCCGGUUUGCUCGCAAACCUCAAGGUAGAUUGGUUAAAAGCGGAUGUUUUUCUCCUUUUGGCGCUUAUCGGUUUAAUAAUCGUUUAUAUAAUCGGCUGCUGCGCGUUCCGAAACGCUGAAACUGAGGAUAUUUUCAGACAGUAUAAGCAGGGUUAUACUUGAUCAGGACAGGAUUAGAAAGUUUAUAAAAUUAUUGGAUUUUCCUGUAUUUUAAAAUGAACUGCCAGAACAUUUGCUUAUAACUGGAAGAAUGUUUUGUGUAUCUCUUUGGUUUGAUGUUUGCAAGACUAUGCAUUUGUUAAUCAGUAUUGUAUCAUAUAUUAUAAAAUGGGAAUUGUGAGAGAGCAUAAGC